GGUCUCUCCGUCAGUCAGAAAGGAAAAUGGCGGCCUUUGGACGUUUCUCUCAAGUGUUGCUGAGGUCUUCUUUGACCCAAACCCGGCGUCAGCUCUCUGCUGCCGCUGCCGGACACGGCGAGCAGUCAGGUAAGACCUGGAAGAUCCUCACCUUCGUGGUUGCCCUUCCAGGUGUUGGAGUUUGCAUGUUGAACACAUUCUUGAAGGAGCAGCACCACAGCCAUGAGCAACCAGAGUUUAUCCCUUACACCCAUCUUCGCAUUCGCAGCAAGCGUUUCCCCUGGGGUGAUGGCAACAAAAGUCUUUUCCACAAUCCACAUGUGAAUGCUCUUCCUGAUGGCUAUGAGGGACAUGAGUAAAAAACAAACCUCCAGAUGUCACAGAUGGGAUCAGUCCUUGUUAAGCAGUUGUUAUUGGACCAUACUCCUAUUCACAGUUUACUCUUUCCUCUUUAAUCGUUUUACCUCUGUGCUCUUAACACAGGGCACCUGAACCAAUAGCUCCUUUGUUCUGGACCAUUAUACAAAAUGUCUGACUUAACAUAAAUAAAGUAACUUCUAUUACCUCA